GGAUCUUCUAGACUUCCCUAGCCUCUCCGGAUAUGUGCCUGGUGCAACGCAAGCCUUCAGUGGGAUGGAAAUGAGGCGGUUUGAAUGGUGACUCAUCUGAUGAUGACUCUGGAGAAUAUAUAGUCCUCUUGGGUACAGGCAUGCACGAGACUUUGAGAGCCACCCUGCAAUGGUCUCUUCUCCAGUGACCCAUAGUCAAGUUUGGCUAUGGAUAGAUCCUUUGCUAUUUCUUCUUUUUUACCCACUGGCUCCAGGAUCCAGCCAGCCCUCUUUUUCUACUCCAGCUUCUGUGUCACUAAUGGACUUGUGGCCGUGGUGGCAGGUGUGAAUUCCUUGGAACCUGUGGACUUCUCAUAAGCUUUAUCAGAGAACCUUGACAGGAAUCUGAGCCCUUAUAUACCAGGUACUGUGUUAAGCCUGUUACAUGAAUUAUCUCAUCUCAUUCUACAACAAUCCUGUCAAACAGACAUUAUUAUUAUCCUUACUUUACAGUUGUAGAAACUGGGGUCAUAGGGGUUUAAGUAAAUUAAUAAGUGAUGGAAUGAGGAUUUGAAUCUAGGGCUAUGUAUUCCAAACUAUUCCUCUUAAUCUCUAAACUUCCCUGCCCUGCACUUCAAUUAAGAAAGGCCUUGGUCUAAGGCAUCCAUGAUAUCUUCAUGUACCAAAUGGAGGAAUGUUCAUUCAAUAGAGAAGAAAAUGACACCUGGUUAAUGGGCAGGAGUACCCAUGAAUAUUAUGUUGGAUUAAGAUAUCAGUCUACUGAUGACUUAGAACAUAACCAUCAGCCCCAAGACUACACCCUGUGAGAAGACAGUGAGAUGUCUCAUCUAAAGUUCUUCCUGAUAUAAGUCCUCUGGAGAAGGUGUGUCCAGGACCUAGAAAGCAGAACUUUUGUAGGGCCGUACACCAUGGCUUUCUUAGUCUGGAUAUUUAAAGUUACUGGUGUCUAUAAGCGUGCUCCCAAGACAGGAAGAGGCGGUCAGCGACUUGGAAAGCAGGGUCAUAAUCAGGGCGAUGGCCACAGGCCUGGACCACUGGAACAGCACCAUCAAUGACACCUGGGACGGGGAUGAGCUAGGCUACAAGUGCCGUUUCAAUGAGGACUUCAAGUACGUGCUGCUGCCCGUGUCCUACGGCGUGGUGUGUGUGCUGGGGCUGUGUCUGAACGCCGUGGCGCUCUACAUCUUCCUGUGCCGCCUCAAGACCUGGAACGCGUCCACCACCUACAUGUUCCACCUGGCCGUGUCCGACGCGCUGUACGCGGCCUCCCUGCCGCUGCUGGUCUACUACUACUCCCGCGGCGACCACUGGCCCUUCAGCAUGGUGCUGUGCAAGCUGGUGCGCUUCCUCUUCUACACCAACCUUUACUGCAGCAUCCUCUUCCUCACGUGCAUCAGCGUGCACCGGUGCCUGGGCGUCCUGCGCCCGCUGCGCUCUCUGCGCUGGGGCCGGGCCCGCUACGCCCGCCGGGUGGCGGCCGCCGUGUGGGUGCUGGUGCUGGCUUGCCAGUCCCCCGUGCUCUACUUUGUCACCACCAGCGUGCGGGGCAGCCGCAUCACCUGCCACGACACCUCCGCACCCGAGCUCUUCGGCCAGUUUGUGGCCUACAGCUCGGUCAUGCUGGGCCUGCUCUUCGCGGCGCCCUUCGCCGUCAUCCUGGUGUGCUACGCGCUGAUGGCCCGGCGGCUGCUGAAGCCGGCCUACGGGGCCUCGGGAGGCCUGCCGCGGGCCAAGCGCAAGUCGGUGCGCACCAUUGCCGUGGUGCUGGCCGUCUUCGCCCUCUGCUUCCUGCCCUUCCACGUCACCCGCACCCUCUACUACUCCUUCCGCUCGCUGGACCUCAGCUGCCACGCCCUCAACGCCGUCAACGUGGCUUACAAGAUCACCCGGCCACUGGCCAGCGCCAACAGUUGCCUGGACCCGGUGCUCUACUUCCUGGCCGGCCAGAGGCUCGUGCGCUUUGCCCGAGACGCCAAGCCGCCCACAGACCCCACCCCUACUGCCCCGGCUCGCCGCCGGCGGGGCCUGCACAGGUGGGACAGAACUGACGUCAAGAGGAUAAAAGAUGUGUCCACCAGCAGUGAGGAUUCUAGGCGGACAGAGUCCACCCCGGCUGGUGGGGAGAGCUCUAAGGACGUCCGGCUGUAGGACCCGAACCCCUCAGGCCUGUGCAGGUUUAUCAGGUGGGAGUGGGGCUGUAGGGACUAGGACUUCUUCAGAAGGGCUAGCCUCCCUGGAUACGGCCCACUAGUGACUCAUGCCCGAUGGUCAAGGGAGCCCUGGCCUCGAUGCUCUGUCAUUUGGCAGAUGUUCUCUGUGGCCCAGAGAUUUCAACAGUCCCUAUGACGCCGGUCACAAUGUGUGUGUGUGAGCUGGGGAACAAGGUUUCAAGAAAGGCAAGGGUAAGGGGCCGGUGCUGCCCCCGCCUGACUCCCACAGGCUGUGCCUUCCAGGUAUUUAGCCUGAUCAAGUCAAAUGGAGAAACAGGCCCAGAGAGGAAAGUGACUUACCAAGGUCACAUAGUCUGGGCCUGAGCUGCCUAGGAGGGGCAGGGUUAUGGGUUGACCAAAGGACCCUGGUAAGGAGCCAGGGCAGAGCCAGAGCUUCCUACAGAGGGCUCUGGGGCAGGUGUGGAUGCCACAAUGGACACACCUCUGAGAGAGGAAGGUAAUGUCAGGGAACCACUGUCAUAGACCCAUCUGGAGGCUCCCCUGGGCUGGGAGCCAGUUUCAGGCUAUAACUUCUACUGAAGUUGUUGUUGCCUGCUGCGUUGCGCCCUAUUGUGUGGUUUGAGCAUGAGGAUGCAGACUAUGGAGCUCUUGCUGUCCACACUGGGGUCCUUUCUCCAACCUGUGCUUUUCUGCCACCUGCCUUCCCACUAGUUGCCUCAGUGCUAGUGUCACGUCAAGGAUCCCCUCUCCAGACCCCAGGUCAUCCCUCACUUUAAAGCAAACUGACUUUUGUGCCUGGCUUUACUGGGUGCAGACAGGAGGCAGAUGGGGUCCUGUCCUUAGGAUCCCCCAGUUUGGGACUUAAUGGCUAUGGCCAGUCAUGUGCUGGUAAAUGUUAAACCAUCUAACUGGCUCUCCAGGGCAUGAGGGGGACCCCUUAUCUGUAGCAUUGCCAAUUGCCAUGGUGCAAAUACUCUUGCCUUAGCCGAUUUCAGACUACUAAUGUGAUGUCAGCCUCCUUGCGAAAUUCCUGAAAAUUUAACAGUUGCUCUUGCAAGCAGGUCUGAGAUGCUCCAGCACACCACUAGAUAGUGCUGAGUGGCUGGGGCUGGGGACCAGGGGGUCAGGGAGGCUUCCUGGAGCAGGGGACACUCCUGAGCUGUAGCUUCUGAGCAAAGCAGUUCAUCAGAGAAGAACAUCCAGGUGCAGGGUGUGUCCUGGGCAAAGAUAUGGGGGCAGGAAAGCAGGGUAUGCAGGAUCUGGAAGCAGGCUGGGCAGCUGGCACCCAGGCUCAAGGCAGGAAUGAGGCUGGGGUGGGUCGAGAGGGUACCAAGUCAGGGCUCCCUCCUUGCCUUUACCUGAGGUUUCCUUUGCACUGGGCCUUAGUAUAGGAGAGAUUCACUUCUCUUUCUGCCCCAUCCUCUGUUACGGCAUAAUAGUUGGUGCUCAGGCCAGGUCAAGCUCAGGGUGAGGGAGAUCUUUCUCACCUGUGACAGAUUCUGGGUCCAGCCAGGACCACUGUGGAGAUUUGUAGAGCUCGGCUGGACAGGGCCCAGCUCAGCCUUAGGGCAGGAGUUGGGCAAACCUGACGGGCUUCACUCUUAAUCUCAAAUGUAAAGACUCACUCCCUCUCCCUCUGGCAAUACUCCUUGCCCUAUGAGAGAAUAUUCUUUUCUCCCCCCAAAUGCUGCCUGCCUCUUAUAACUUCUUUACCCUUCCCACUCUACUUUGUCAGAAUGGAGUACCCCCCUGCCAAGGGUUACUCUAUUUAGAGUCUAGCUUCACAGUUCCUUCUUACAACAGGGACCCAUCACAAGCCAUGACCCAGAAAAAUUACCCUGCAUUGUGCAAUGUGGGUGACCUGUUCAAAGUAGUGUGAAAGGCUUACCUCCCACAUUCUAGGUUCUAUACUUCUGUUAAUGUAACCACAGUCCCUAUGAGCUUUUUUUGUGACUAUCUUUUACAGACUGUCCUUGAGCCUUUCCUGCAGGCCCAAGCUUAUCUCUUUCUUACCAGCUGCUGCUCAGGCUGGAUCCCAUCCUAGUUUAUAGGAACCCAGGUAAGAUUACACCCUAGAGUCUAAAUGCUGGGCUCAGAUACCCUUAGCCCUGGUUAGGCCCAGAGGCAGGAGGUUAUACAUCUUGAUUUGGGGGGCUCUGGAGUGUGCAUCUGUGGUUAGGGGUAGGGCUAUGGCCAUCACAGGCCCAAGUUCCCUUCGUUCCCAUCCCUUUCAUGUCCUGCAUGCCUGCCGCCCCCCAGCAGCUGCCCUGGAGACCCUGAGAACCCAGGGCCCUAUAGCACAUGGAGCCAACACUAUGGCCUGGCCCCAGGAAGCCUUCCUUGAACCAGCCACCUGCACUUUUCUAAGGACAAAGGAUCUAGAGGAAAGGAGGGCCUUAACCACCAUCUAAUCCAGGGUUAGACACUGCGUGGGGGUAGGGAAGAGGGUCCCACCCCUAGAACCCAGUCAGACCGCCUGACCCCUUGAAGUGGCCACCUGGCCUUGCUGCUCAAUGCCCAGGCCAUCCACCUAGCAGGUGAGGUUCCUGAUCCUCCUGCCUUGGGCUAUUUUCAGCCCAAGUAAGAGCAGGAUUUUCCACUCUCAAACCCAGACCAUUGUCCAGUAGUGACGUGAGGGGACCUGCCUGCUCUCAAAAUAUCUCCUCUUACUCAUUAGGCCUCCCUGGUCCCUCCCAGCCACCGCUCCUCCUCGCCCUGACAUCACUUCCUGGGGCUGUUGACUCUUGAAGGCCACUUGAAAGGGCAUAGCCACCUGACGGGGACCCCAGGGAUUAUCCAGGCCCAGCUGUAGACUCCAGAGGGCCUUGCCCAAGGUCACUCUGCAGGCCAGCAUGGUGCCUGGAUGUGUGCCAGGGGCUCAGGCUGGCCCUGCUGCUCUGCUCCCUUUAGUUCAGGUCAGUGCCUUUGUGGGAUUCCUGCCUUCACCCCCCACUGCCCCAGCUCUUCCCAUCCUGGUGGUUGGAGCUAUUGGAUAGAGCUGUGGCACUGAAGUCAGGGGCAGAGGAGAAGAGAGGGGGGCAGUGGGGUGAGGUGGGGAGGAAAGGCCUGCUGUCCAGCUUGCAGCAACUAUUCUCGGUGAGCUCUGUGUAUCCAGGACAGGGGCCCUGGCACAUGGGGCAGGGCGGGAGGGUAUCUCUGCUGUGGAUGGCAUGCGUCCCAGGUCCCAGGAGGGAGGUCAGGCUCCCAAAGCUACCCCUCUGCCACCACCAUUGUUAUGGCAGAUUUGGGCUCUUCUGUUUAGAGUCAAGCUCAUGAGGAAGGAUACACAUGCAUUACCCCAUGUCCCAGGCACCAUGCCAGACCCUCUCAUCUCUAUUAUUUAUUCUUCCCACAACUGUGUGAAAUAGACACAUUAUCCUCAUUUAGCAGAUGAGGGCACAGGCUCUGAGAAGUGAAGACUUGCUCCAAGUUAUAUGGGCAGUAAGAGGGUGAGUCAGGAUUGAAUCCAGGCCCAUCAGAUGCCCACAUUAGUUCCCUUUCCAGUAACCCAUGCCACUUGCUGGGCAGGAGGGUCUGUAAGCAACUGUAAGCAACCCUUUGGGUGACUCAAAAUGAAAAGCGUGGUGUAGUGGGGAUGGGGUUAAGAGCACAGAUUUGAUGCCCAUACCCCCUCUGUUUGAGUGUUGUCUCCAUUUCCUCCAGCAGUGGCUCCUUGGGCAGAUUACUGAGUCUUGCAGGACCUCAGUUUUCUCAUUUCCGAAAGGACACACUACCACCCAUGUGGGGCAUCGGGUCAGUACACACAAAACACUUAGAACAGUACCUGGCACAUGGUAGGCAUUUACAUGGCAGGCUCUGUGCCAAGGUGAUACAGAGGCAAACUGGCUGCACCCUGCCCUUAUGGAGUCGACAUAAUGUAGUAUAUAACCACACUAGGAUACAUUAUUUGAAGGAAAGGAAUGUCCAGCCAGUGAGCAACAGUGGGCCUCCUGGGACGAAGGCUUCCCCAGGAUAUAGGAGGAGGUAGGGAGGUCUACCCUGGGAUAAGGUGUGGGGCUACCCUCUGCCCUGCGUGGCACUGGGUGGCCUUCAGGCCCAUGGACCUGUGUGUGCUUACAGAACCUUGUCCCUGUGCCAGGCUGUGAGAGGGCAGCAGGGAGGAGCAAGAGGGGGAGGAUGAGGGGAAAGGAAGGAUGCCCUUGAUAACAAGCUUCUAUAGCCAGCCCCUAUGGACCAGCAGGCUCCCACUCACCCAUGGCAAAAGGCUUAACCAUUUCUCCCUGAUGGUCUCCAUCAUAGGGUGCUGCAACUACUUCUUCAUUCAACCAAGAGCCUGGAGACCCACGGUGGCAGGACUGGCUGGGAGCUGGGCCAGAGCAGCCAAUGAAUGGGCAACUUUUGCUGUGUGACCUGAGGCCAGCUGCCUGCCCUCUCUGGGCCACUCUCUGGAGCUUGGAGCCCUUGCCACCCACUUCCCACUUCUUGCCUCAGUUAGGGCCUCAGCUACCUAGAUCUUCAGCAAAGGCACAACUAACAGUUGCUCCCCCAGGCACUCCCCAAACUCCCUGGGUUCUCAGUUCUGAGGACUAGAGUUGGCAGCAGUUCUUCCCUGGCAUCAAGUGACAGAGAGGUAAAGCAACUCCAUUGGCACCUCACGGUGGGUUGGAGUGCAGCUGAUCCAACGUCUGAUGCCCCUGCCUCUUGCAGGGCAGAGGGUGGAGUCUAGCCUGGAGUGCCCGAACUGCAGCAAAUGUGUUUGCCUUUCCAAGCGGCAUGCACUGGUGGGGGGUGGAGAUGAACCCCAGAAGCCUAGCUCUCAUCCUCUUCUGCCCUGUGCACCAUGUGACUUGCUGAAUGCCUUCGCCUCUCUGAGCCUCAGUUUCCCUAUCUGCUGUGGGGCGUGGCUCUGCCCAGCCACUCUUCCUCUGGUAUGGUUUCCUGAGCUUGCCUCUUUCUUGGCUCCAGCUCAGCCAGGUGUCCAGUCUUAGUCCUGUCCCAGCCAGGAACAAUGGGCUGGGCUGGGCCAGUCACUCCUGGCCCCAGACUCAGUCCCCAGGGGCUCACCCUGGACUAUUUUCAGCCCUGGGAGAUGGAGUCAGAAAAGGAUUUUCCACUCCCAGCACAAUGGCUGCCCUAGACCAUUGUCCAGCUGUGACAGGAGAUCCGCCUACCCCAAAAUAUCUUCCCUGCCCCUACUGUGUGGGCCUCCCUCUCCUGUUCCUCACCCCCCCACCUGGACAUGGCUUCUUGGGGCUGUUAACUCCUGAAGGCUGUUGUGGGUUCAUGUAAGCCCCCUGGAAGACAUGACCAGCUGGAAUCAGUUUUCUCUCCUGGCAGGGACCCCCAGGAAUCCUUUGACUAUUUAGAGGGACGAGAGGCCCAGAGAGAGCUGCGCCUUGCCCAAGGUCACACAGCAGUCACUGUGGACACUAGAUGUGAGGCCAGGGCUUCCUGUCUCCUCCGGCUGCCUCUGCUGCCCUCAUCAGCUGUGCCUUCUGAGAGCUUGCCCUGGGGGGGCCCCUGUGGGCAUGCCAGAGAGAGGCCCAAGGGACACGAAGUGGCAGGGGGAUAGCUUGGAAACCUGGAGCACCCUAUUCAGCCCUGUUUCUUUUUGUUUUUUGUUUUUAACCAAAUGUGGCUUUAGUGGUCACAAAACCACUCUGGGGAAAGAAGAAGGUUGGGGUGCACAAGGAGGCUGAGGCAAGAGGAGCAGUGUUGUGGCCCCUCUUAACCAUCACCGGCUCUGUGACCACAAGUUCAGUUUCUUUGUCUGUAAAAUGGAACGGCUAAUACUUCUUUUUCCAGUUUACUGAACAGUAAGAAUGCGGCAAGGCACAAACCUCACUGUUUUAUCUUCCUCCUACCAGUACUGUCUGCUGCAUGUCUAAUUUCCCUUUCCCAUCCAUAAAUUGUUUAUUUGGCAAACUCCAAA